CACACUGUAUUGAACAGAGUCAACAGUUUUUUUUGUUUACAUUUUUAUGUUGUUGUGACUAAAGAUAUUUUUUAAAAAAGAAAAGAAAUAAUGUUAGACGAUGAUGAUUUCUUAGACGAUUUGUUAAUGGAAACAAUUGACAAUAUUGACAAUGUUGCUUCAAAACCGACGAACCUAUGUUUCAAUUGUAGAGGCGAGUGUGAUGGCAAUCAGUUACCGAAUGAUGGAUUCGUUAAGAGUAUGGACACGCAAUUUCUGUCUCACGAACACCAUAUCUGCAUCUUCGAAGUCUUUGAUAUUAAAAUAUCUGACAGCACACUAUCAAACUCUUAUGUCCUGACACGUUUUAUGAACAAAGCACGAAUGAGUAUACAGACACUCAUCGUCGCUUCUCGAACUAAUCUGAAGGAAAACCGGAAACCGUUUCUUGACAUUCGUUUGCAGGUGACACAGUUUUUAAUCAAAAUUCGUAAUCUUGUCGGAGCUGAUAGACUUGAUGGUGAUACUGUGAGGACGGGACUCAGAUCGUUGGAAAAUCUCCUCAAUAAUCACUUAUCCCUGCCGCAUAUCAAUUUUAUAUCACCUCCGAGUCAUAGAUCUGGAACUUUGUACACUUCAUCGUUGCAUCAUUUAUUCCACGGGCAUUUGGAGUGGAGAUGGCUUUGUCUUACAAUCAAUUUAAGAAUUUUGCAGAAUGAGAUCAUGGAAUUCAAUUCGUUACGAGAUACGGAAUUUGAACGGCAGCUGUGCAGCCUUAUUCGUGAUCUGAUGCUUCUUUCGAGCCGGAAAUACAAUAAGCAUAAAUCAUCCGAACUGAUCAUCCAAUCACCAUUCGAAUGUAUGUGUGUCAAGGAGUUGUGGCUUUUAUUGCAACUCUUAGUAGAACAAUUGCACAAUCAUGACCGAGUCGAUCCGUUUUGGAUGUAUUUCAAUAAAUGCUUAAAUCAGUUAAAUGACGGAAGCAAGAUAAUAAGUGAAAGGAGCGUUCAGCCAAAGGAUGAUAUUGAAUUCUCUGCGUGGUUACUCAAUGGGGUAUCAACACUGUACGGAUAUUCAGAUAGUGGAACGUUCGUUGGGUCGUCAAGCCUAAGAUCGGCGGACAAUUAUGAACUUCUCGAAGGGUUAACUCGAAAAUUUCUUAAUUCUGAUCCAGCCGAAGAACUGCUGCGAAUGUUCAUGUGUUUAACUAUUCCCUUGAUGUAUGAGUGGUGGUCGCCCAAGACUGAUAUCGUAAUGUUGUACUGGGAAUUUUUUCAUAAAAAAUUGAAUUCUUCGUUUUUCAUUCCUGGAUCAGCACCAAGUAACCUGGCCAUUAUGAACUCGUCCAUAUCGAAGUACUUAGAUGAUGUAAGAUCGAGACUUUCUAACGAUGCGGUUGGCUUAGGAGACACAAGUUUCUUUAUGUUUUUGUAUUUGCUUGGAAAAAUUGGAGCUAAACUAGAAAUAGAAGGGUCACAAAUGAAGAAAAUUCUGGGUCGUAUAAGUUCCAAAUUUUCGACAGCCAAAUUGAUGGCUUUAAAUGAAACAGGAAUUCAUAAUGUGGUUUCGUUGUUUUUAACACUUUCGAUGACAGUAGAUAUGGGCGAAAUGGGUCCUCGUAUUCAAAAUAUUUUACUUCAAAUUCCAUUGGUCAAGGUGACUCAACCUCGUCAGGUAGCUCUCACUAGAGGAUACAUAUCACUGUUAAUAGUAUUUAUUCAGAAGAACAUGGAAGUUCACAUAUUCAUAUCCAAAAUACUGGAAAAUAUCACCUCUCUUCGACUGGACGCUGGAUAUGUUUCUACAUUGAGAAUUCUAGCAGACGGUUUAAAUGUGAUCUACUCACAGUGUGAGAAUUUUAUAUUGGGCGAACACUUGCUUCUAGAUUCAUGGCUGGUCAAGUAUCUAAGUAUUUGUUCAUUUUCGGAAAGAGAAAUUCUAUUGGGCCGAUUAGACGAGACUUUUGUCAGGGCGGCAACACUAUUGUCGACCGUCGACAAUUCCGCUCAAAGACAAAAUUGUGUAAAAUUCAUUGAAACCACCAACAAACACAUUCUGCCGUAUAUACAGCAAGCUUUCACCGAGAGUUACGAAGGGGACGUUAUUCCAAAAUUCGCAGCAAAUCUGUGUCUGUUCAACAGAUUUGGUGUGAAAGAACUUAACCAUGAACUGUUCAAGAGCUUUGUUGAAACCCAGAAGACUGAUAUUCAGAACCUUUUGAGCUUCCUGGUGCUGAUAUUAUCAUCUGACAACUGUGACGAUGUUCCACAAUCGCUGAUUAUAAAGAAUUGGAUUCGUUGCAACUUUUGCUCCACUAAUUACAAUCAAGAUCUGAAAACAUUAACCAACAUUGUUUCGACACUGAAAGAAUUCCAGGAAGUUUGUGAUACUGAUGUGGCUGAAUUAUUGGAAUCGGAUGAGCCGUUGCUAGUAUUCUUUUCGGAAGUUGGAAAAUGUUUUUGUAAUGCGACGGAUAUUCGUAAAAGAUUCAACAUCAUGGAAAAGAUGAACGUCUUCAUGUCGUCAAUUGAAAAAUACGUUGGACUCACCGAUAACAUUCUGAAAUCGUACAGUAUGAUUGGUGUGAUUAUGAUACAUUGCUCGCAAAUAUUGUACGUUAAGGGGAAAAGCAAUUGCCUGUUCAAUGUUAUCAUGUACACUCACAUUUUGAGCAAUUCAUUUCUCACCGGCACCGCACCGACCAAGGAUGUUACACAAGCUGUUCAUAAGAUUUGGCACUCGUUAAUUGUUGGGAUUGAAAAACUUGAUUACAAAACCGAUGCCAAUAUCAGCAGUAUGUUAACACAUUUGAUAGUCAAGUGGUUGCCACACUUUGCGAAAAUGACUCCGAACAACGUACAAAUGAAUGCGAAACCGUAUAUUUCAUGUUUAAGGGACUGCAGCGAGGCCAUUUCCCAGAUUGUUUUCGACAAAAUAAAUUUGAAUUUUUUAAGUCUGAAACGACGGCAACCUAACGAACACGCACUAUUUGUUAUUGCCAUGCUUAAAGAGGCUUUCAUCAAAUUCUCUGAUGAUGGAAGGAAAUUGGAGCUUAUUGUGAGAUCUACAUUUGCCACUCUCGUGGAUCAUGCGAUGAUGAUUGAAAUGCCAAAUGGACCAACGAGUCGUCAAAUUUUUGAAUUAUUCGAAUUGAUUUUUAGCUGUCCCUCGUAUAACACUCCAACGUCCGUUAUUAGAGAAACUGUGACUACAGUUUUGAAGAGCUGCACCAGCAACAAUUUGUCGUUUUAUUCAUCAUUCUAUUUUCAAUUUGUAACAAAAUUGGUGAAUAUCAAUCCGAUUCUGGUCGAAGCAAAUAUGCCGCAUUUAAGGGAUCAAAUAGCUUCUGUGGAGAAAUUACGUGGUGUUGGUCGAGAUGGAAAACUUCGUGGUGACCUGGACAAUUUGGAACAAGUUCUAGCUGUUGUUAAAUUUGAGAAAAGUGAUAUGUAGAUUGUAAAAUUGGAAGUGUAAUUUUACGAAUUAAAGUUUUAUUGGAAACAAUGACAA